UCUGAGGAGGAAAGAGCCAGCCUGUGCUGGGAAGGCAGCCGGAGGUUGAGGGGGAGCCCUGACCUGGUUGUCCCUGAGCAGCCUUUCAGCAGGGAUAAGCCCUUCAGGUGCUUGGAAUGUGGGAAGAGCUUCAGACAGAGCACUGCCCUCCUCACCCACCAGCACAUCCACACGGGGGAACGGCCCUACACGUGUGGGCAAUGUGGGCAGAGCUUCAAUGACAACUCCAACCUGAUCCGACACCACCGCAUCCACACUGGGGAGGGGCGCCACAUCUGUGGGGAAUGUGGGAAGAGCUUCAGGGACAACUCCACUCUGAUGCUGCACCAGCGCAUCCACACUGGACAACAGCCCUACCCGUGUAAGGAUUGUGGGAAGAGCUUCAAUGACAGCUCCAACCUGAUCCGACACAAGCGCAUCCACACCGGGGAACGGCCCUACAAGUGUGGGGAGUGUGGGAAGAUGUUUCGGACCAGCUCAGAUCUUCUCAGGCAUGAGCGGACACACACGGAUGAGAGGCCCUUCCGCUGCACCGAGUGCGGCAAUGGGUUCCACCAGCACUCCCACCUUGUUGUGCACCGGCGCAUCCAUACCAGGGAGAGGCCGUACAUGUGUGGGGAGUGUUGGAAAAGCUUCACCCAGAGGUCUAAGUUGACCAGACACCAACAGACCCACUGGUAAGGGAAGCCUGCGUGUGCCCCAACUGUGCGAGAAGCUUCAGCUGUAGGUUCCAUCCCAAAUGAAGCCCCUGAUGGUGAGGCAACCCCUGGAGUCCAGUGACUGUCAGUCCAUCCCUUUCCACUAGAAAGGGUCAGUCCCCUUUCACAGGGACAGGUUCUUCCAACAGAACCCUUCUUGGGGGUGUGUUUGGAGAUUCCUGCCUUGGCUGGGGACCCCCCAAGGUCAGUCCUGGAGGUUGAGAGCAGAGAUCUUCCCACGAGGGUUGGUCUGGGGGAGUUCCAUCCAUCUCUAAUUAAGAAUUCUUGCUUUUGU